AUGACCGCAAAGCGUCGCAAUUUGGAAUUGGGAAAUGUCCUUGUCGUCGGUGGCUGUGGCUUCCUGGGAUGGCACAUCGUUGACCACCUACUGAACUUCCCCUCCGAGACAGACCCCAGCGUCGCACUGCCAAAGGUUACUGGUGAUGCGCGCUUCGAGGUCCCGUCACUUGGCUCCCGAUUUCCCAAUUACCAGGCCAAGGUCUCUGUCGUGGAUCUGCGCACGACGCAUAAUCGUCUUCCCGGCGCGACUUAUUAUGAUGGCGAUAUUACCUCUGUUGAGUCCAUGCUGGAAGUUUUCCGUGCUGUGAAGCCCGAUGUCGUGAUUCACACUGCGACCCCCUCUGUGUUGGAUGGAAAUAAGCCUUUGCUGUACAAGGUUAAUGUGGAGGGGACCAAGACUUUGGUUGAGGUUGCUGGUGGUGAGCACGGGGAUUGGGGUGGCAAGUGUAAGGCUUUCGUGUACACGAGCUCUAGCUCCGUCGUCCACGAUACCCAGAGCGACUUGAUCAAUGUGAACGAGGAGUGGCCUCUUAUUCGUGGCUCACUGCAGAAGGAGUAUUACUCCGAGACCAAGGCCGAUGCCGAAGAACUCGUCCUCAAAUAUAACCGCCAAUCCCCCACCGGAAUGGUAACAGCCGCCAUCCGCCCGGCUGGUAUUCUGGGCGAGAAGGAUACAACCGUCACCCACAAGAUCCUCGAGCAUGGCUCCAAGGCCUCCGCCACCGUGUUGAAGAUGCAGCUCGGUGAUAACGAUAACCUAUUUGACUUCACUUAUGUUGGCAACAUUGCCUAUGCUCACAUGUUGGCUGCGCAUCGCCUGCUGGCCUCCUACACUCGCUACGAGUCCGGUCAGGGCGGGCCCCUGGACCAUGAGCGUGUUGAUGGUGAGGCCUUCAACAUUACCAACGACUCGCCUAUUUACUUCUGGGAUGCGACCCGUGCCAUGUGGGCGCUUAUUGACCGAAUUGUCGAACCGAAUGAGGUCUGGGCUUUGCCUGAGGGUCUGUUGGGUACUAUUGGUGGCAUCGCGGAGACUGUUAUGGGAGUGUUUGGAAAGACCCCUCGUUUGACUCAGCGCAUGGUGCGGUACUCAUGCAUGACACGGUACUACUCUAUUGAGAAGGCCAAGUACCGUCUUGCUUACCUGCCUAUCGUCCCUGUUGAUGAAGGUAUCACCCGUGCCGUCGGGUAUGUUGUUCAGAAGCAGCGCGAGGGUGAAGGGAAGAAGGCUCUGUAA